AUGAGUCGACCUGCCUUUGAGCAGUUCACGGCUCAGCCGCCGCAGCCUGCCGGCGAGUUUGUCACACAACAGCAGGCUAUACAAGGCGAAGCCAUGGCGGCACAGAGGGGUCCGUGUCAGAUGAGUCGACCUGCCUUUGAGCAGUUCACGGCUCAGCCGCCGCAGCCUGCCGGCGAGUUUGUCACACAACAGCAGGCUAUACAAGGCGAAGCCAUGGCGGCACAGGGUCAGGAACUCACUAUAGCGAAAUUGGAAAACUCUGUUGCAACAAUGGAGGAGCAACAGCUGACAACAGAUCCUCGAUAUCAGAAAAUGUUGCAGCUAAAGUCGAAGCUUACAGGUGCUCCUCUACCUGAGGUUGCUCAACAACCUUCACCUUCAGCAGGGCAGCAGCAAGCACAGAUCACUCCAGCACAGCUAAAUCAGCUACGGGCACAGGUUAGCGUGUACAAAUUGUUGGCAAGGAACGAGCCUGUGCCACCAGCUCUUGCUGCUGAGGCAGUUUUUAUGAAAAACAAGCCAACGUCUCUCCUACCGGAGCCAUAUGAAUUUCCUGGAGAAGGCGAAAAUGGUGAAAAGUUGCCCUACGAUCUUAUGAAGGUUUUGAACAUUCAUCAGCAGCGUUGCGCAAGACCAACUUCCCUGCCAACUCCUGUAGGCAUAGAUCCUGCAUCUCUUUUGAAGGAGCGUGAAUAUAGAAUACAAAACCGAGUUGGUCUUCGUAUCAAAGAGUUGAGUAAUCUACCUGCUGAUCUUCCUCCACAUCUCAGAAUAAAGGCCGAGAUCGAACUCCGUGCACUUCGACUGGUAAAUUUGCAAGCACAGGUCCGCAGUGAAGUAAUGGGAGCACUCCGCAGAGACACGACGCUUGAGACUGCUUUGAAUCCGUAUGCAUAUCGCCGAACAAAGAGGCAAUCACUGCGAGAAGCAAGAGUUACAGAAAAACUCGAGAAGCAGCAGAAGAUGGAGCAGGAGAGGAAACGACGUCAGAAGCAUACUGAUCUCAUGCAGGCCAUAAUUCAACAUGGGAGAGAGUUCAAGGAAUAUCAUAGAAACAAUCUAUUGAAAACACAAAAGGUUAAGAAGGCGGUUAUAACUUAUCACCAGAACAACGAGCGUGAGCGAAAGAAAGAUGAAAUCAAGAAUGAGAAACUUCGAAUGCAAAAACUUAUGCAGGAGGAUGAAGAGGGUUACCGCGCACUGUUGGAUGAGAAGAAGGAUCAACGUCUAGUGUACUUGUUACAACAAACCGAUGAAUAUGUGGAAAGUCUGUGCAGUCUUGUACGGCAACACCAAAAUACAGAGAAAAAGAAGAAGAGGGAAGAGAAGAAAAUGUCUAAGAUGGAAGCUGCUCUCCGUUCAGAAGGUGAAGCUCGCGUUCAUGUGCGCGACACAUCCACUGGAAAAAUUCUGCAAGGCGACGAAGCACCGAAACCCGAUGAAUUGGAAGUUUGGCUUGAAACCCAUCCUGGAUUCGAGGUAGUUGUUCCACGAGACCAGCUCUCUGAUGACUCCGAUUCGGACGAAGAGGAAGCUCCCGCACCAGCACCCGCAAAGAAAGACGUUGAUGAAUAUGCCGGUAUGGACGAGGAAACGAAAGCCCGAAUUAUCCUUGAGAAGGCUAGAAACGAGGAGGACGAGUACGAUCAAAGAAACCGCAAACAAAUGGCUGAUUAUUACGCCACCGCACAUAGAAUCAAGGAGAAAAUUGUGCAGCAACAUUCUACUAUGGGUAGUGAUACUUUGCUGUUGAAGCCUUAUCAGCUGAAAGGUCUUGAGUGGAUGGUUUCACUUUAUAACAACAAUUUGAAUGGAAUUUUGGCGGAUGAGAUGGGUUUGGGGAAAACCAUUCAGACCAUUUCUCUCAUUACGUACUUGAUGGAGGUAAAGCAGAAUAACGGGCCGUACCUUGUUAUCGUACCAUUGUCUACGCUCUCAAAUUGGAAUAUGGAGUUCGAAAAAUGGGCUCCUUCUGUAGUAAAGGUAGUGUAUAAGGGCAACAAAGAAUCUCGUCGGCGUGUCGAAGGGCAAAUCCGAAAAGGGGCUUUCAAUGUUUUGAUGACGACGUACGAGUACGUAAUUCGUGAGAAGGCUCUGCUGGGAAAGAUUCGUUGGAAGUAUAUGAUCAUUGAUGAGGGACAUCGACUGAAAAAUCACAACUGUAAGCUCACACUCAUGUUGAACGGUUAUUUCCAUGCACAGCAUAGACUGCUCCUCACUGGUACUCCUCUUCAAAAUAAGCUGCCAGAAUUGUGGGCACUUUUGAACUUCCUGCUUCCCUCAAUCUUUAGUUCAUGCGGUACCUUCGAGCAAUGGUUCAAUGCUCCAUUUGCUACUACGGGAGAGAAGGUGGAACUGAAUCAAGAAGAAACUAUGCUGAUCAUUCGACGUUUGCAUAAAGUGCUGAGACCCUUCCUCUUGAGAAGGCUGAAGAAAGAGGUGGAAUCACAACUGCCGGAUAAAACGGAAUACGUCAUUAAAUGUGACCAGUCAGCCUUACAGAAAGUGCUUUACAAGCACAUGCAAAAAGGAUUGCUCAUCGAUAGCAAGCAGCAAUCUGGUGGACGUGCACUGAUGAAUACGGUGGUUCACCUUAGGAAGUUGUGUAAUCACCCAUUCCUCUUCCAGUCGGUAGAAGAUUCAUGUCGAGCGUUCUGGAAAGUUGACGAGGUUUCAGGGCAAGACUUGUACCGGGUUUCUGGUAAACUGGAAUUGUUAGACCGCAUUCUGCCAAAGUUGAAAGCGACAGGGCAUCGUGUACUUAUGUUCUGUCAAAUGACCACCAUGAUGACAAUUAUCGAAGAUUUCUUUAACUAUCGAAAAUGGAGAUAUCUUCGCCUUGACGGCAGCACUAAGCCAGAUGAACGCGGUCAACUCUUAGAGUUGUAUAAUGCUCCGGAUAGUGAAUAUUUCCUCUUUAUGCUGUCUACUCGUGCUGGAGGAUUAGGAUUGAACUUACAAACGGCAGAUACUGUGAUCAUUUUUGAUUCGGAUUGGAAUCCACACCAGGAUAUGCAAGCUCAGGAUCGUGCUCAUCGUAUCGGUCAGAAGAGAGAAGUUCGAGUAUUGCGUUUGAUCACGACGAAUUCUGUAGAGGAACGAAUCUUAGCAGCGGCCAAGUACAAGCUCAAUGUUGACGAGAAAGUUAUCCAAGCUGGAAAAUUCGAUCAGCGAUCCACAGGAGCGGAAAGAAAGCAAAUGCUGGAGCAGAUCAUUCGAAAACCCCGUCUCCUAGAAGAGAAUGAGAUUCCGCACGAUAUUCUGAAGGCAUCUGAUGAGUUUGCAGAAUUAGAACGGGCUCAGCGUGAGGGAGUUAUCAAGGAGGAUCCGUAUGCGACAGGAAGACGACGUAGACGUGAGGUUGACUAUUCAACGGAUCUCAUGUCGGAUGAUCAGUGGCUGAAACAGAUAGACGACGCGGAAAGAAGAAGAAACAUGGCGAAGGAAGAAAAAGCCGAAGCGAACAAGGCUGAGACCGAGGAUGAACGAAGAAGGCAAGAAAGGAAGGCAAGGCCAGCCCAGAAGUCGAUGACAGUGAGACAACCCACCGCCCUGAGCCUGACCGACACAAACGGCCGGUUGCCAGAUUACUACGACAUUGUGCACAAUCCUAUGGAUUUCGCAAGAAUUAAGAAAAAGAUUGACAAAGGACGGUAUGCGACAAUUGAAGAAAUGGGAAGUGAUGUGAAACUGCUCUGUGAAAACGCCAGGUUGUACAAUAUCGAGGGAAGCGAUAUCUACAAUGAUUCGAUGUUACUCGAAGCAGUUUGGAUGAAGAUCACCGGUGGAGAUCCUAUGGCUCUCCUGAAAGGAAGAACAAGUGAUAGUGGCAGUCAAUCUGGUAGUAAUCAGAAGGAAAAAGCGGCUGUGGAUGACGGCGAUUCCCGAGAUCGAACUCCUUCUAAGAGGGACAACGAGGUCAGUCUCCUGGAAAUGAUAGUCAGUCAUCAACUUCAUCUAGCCGGCGGAAAUCGAGGCCAUCGAAGCGAAAUGUCUCGUCUGAUGAAGAAUCCGACUGAAUGGAAGUCUCCUAAUUUAAAUGGAUUGGUUGCUGUGGUAACCGGAGGCGCCUCAGGACUUGGUCGUGGCACCGUGGAAACUCUUGUGAAGGCGGGGGCUAACGUCGCUAUCCUCGACUUGCCAUCGUCGAAAGGUGCAGAUGUGGCAAAGGAACUUGGACAGAAUGUUCUGUUCACUCCAACAAACGUCGAUGUGGGGCCUGAGAGGCUUCAAUUCUCGGAAACCGACUGGGGAUUACUUUGUAAAUCUGAGAAAUUCAUGUUGUUAGCAAUCACAACCGAUUCGGAGGUUCAAGCAGCUUUUGAAGAAGUGAAGGGCAAGUUCGGUCGGUGUGAUGCUGUGGUUAAUUGUGCUGGUGUUGCAAUGGCAUUCAAAUUGUACAGCGUUACUAAGAAGAAGAUGGCCGAUCCAGAGAAAAUACGAAAGACCAUUGAGGUCAACGUCAUGGGAACAUUUAAUGUGAUACGGCAUGGGGUGGCACUGAUGGGUGAAAACUCGAAAGAUGAGGCCGGUCAGCGUGGUGUCGUAAUAAGCACUGCAUCUGUGGCCGCGUUCGAUGGACAGACCGGCCAGUCAGCAUAUUCGGCGUCAAAAGGUGCGAUCGUUGGAAUGACGCUUCCACUCGCCAGAGAUUUUGCCGAUGAUGGAAUUCGAUUCAUGGCGAUUGCACCCGGUCUUUUUGACACACCACUGCUUUCUGGGCUUCCAGAAAAGGUUUGUAUGCUACUCAUCCGUUCUUAUCAAUCGGUCAAUCUUCCUUUCUUUUGGCUA